GCCCUCGAGGCAGAAGGGGCGGAGAGCGGCGUGAGGCGGCCGAGGUGUGACAGGCGGGGGAAAGCACCUCGGUCUCCAAUCCCGGGCCGGGCAGGAUGGAACUUCGCCCUACCGUGAGCAACGGCUACCAAGUGCUUCGCAACGAAGAGAAUGACCCGGAGUCCCCGGCCUUGGAGCAGCCUUCCACGUCCACGCAGAUCACACCCCGGCCGACGCCGACGCCGACGCCUUCGCCUUCUGCCCCCGCACUGUCCUUCUCCAAAUGGAGCCCCUCCCCGCCACCCUACGGCCUGGGCUCCCCGGAGGUGGAGACCGCCUCGGAAACCGAAGAUCUCUGCGAGCCCUUCCCCGUGCCGCCCCCCUAUAGUGUGGCCACGUCUCUGCCCACCUACGACGAAGCGGAGAGGGCCAAAGCAGCUGCCCUGGCCGCCAGCGCCGUGGCCUCCGGGGAGCCCACGCAGAGAGAAGACGACUUCGCUCCCAGAGACGACUCGACCGCCUCUUCGGACUCAGACCAGCUGCGGGUGGGCAACGAUGGCAUCUUCUUGGUGGCCUUCUUCAUGGCCUUCAUCUUCAACUGGGUCGGCUUUUGCUUAUCCUUCUGCACCACCAACUCCAUAGCCGGUAGGUACGGAGCCCUCUGCGGUUUCGGCCUCUCUUUGACCAAGUGGAUCCUCAUCGUCCGGUUCUCUGACUACUUUACUGGAUACUUCAAUGGACAGUACUGGCUUUGGUGGAUAUUUCUUUUGAUUGGCCUCCUGCUUUUCUUCAGAGGAUUUUACUGUUACCUUAAAGUCAGGAACAUGUCUGAAAGGUUGGCCACUGCCAGUAGAACAAGAUUUAUCUUCUCGAAUUAAGAAAUGCAUUGGGCCAGUCAUUUGUUUCCUCUGAUCUGUUUCCACUGAUAUCUCCAGAUGAUCUGUAAUUCUCCAACUUAAUGGGAUGGAAGACUACUAAUAAUAGAAGAUGGAAGAAAUAGAGGCUUCAAAAUAAAUGACAGGGUGGUUGAUGCUUAAAUUUCAGUUAUGUUAAUUGUCUUAAACAUUUUAUCUUUUGGUUUUUGCUUUGUUUGGCAUAUUAGCUUAGUUAAAAGGGAGACCUGACAUUAAAUACCAUGAUAUAAA